AUGGCUAAGUUUAUAAGGUUUUCUUGGCUUUGCAUGAUGUUAACAAUUAGUUCAGUUGUAGCAGAAGGCGAUUAUGCAUAUGAUUAUGAUGAUGCAUUUGCUCCGGACGCAUCAAUCGGAACGGAAGCCCUGGCGCCAUCAUCAGCACCGACAGUGUCACCAGUACCAUCGCCGCCAAGUGUGAGACCGGCUUUGGUACCAGCUUUGUUUGCCUUCGGAGACUCAUUGAUAGACAGCGGAAACAACAACCAGCUUUUCUCAUUUGCCAAAGCCAAUUAUUUACCUUAUGGCAUUGAUUUUGGUGGCCCUACUGGACGCUUCUCUAACGGUUACACCAUCCUUGAUCAGAUCGGUUUGCUUCUGGGAUUGCCUCUGCUUCCACCAUAUUCAGAGGAGUUCAACGCCGACAAAAUGCGUUACGGAGUGAACUAUGCCUCCGCUGCUGCUGGUAUCCUUGAUGUUACUGGUUUUCACUUUGUGGAGCGAAUCCCAUUCAGUUAUCAAAUAAAAAAUUUUGAGAACACAUUGGUAAGUUUGAUAAAAAAUAUGAGUGCAUCCGUUGUGAAAGAGGCAAUUCCCAAGUGCAUGUUCUUUGUGGGAAUGGGCAGCAAUGACUACCUUAACAAUUACAUUAUGCCUGUCUACUUUACUCAAGAUCAAUACUCUCCUCAAAAGUUUGCUGAAUUACUCAUUCAUCAGUACAAAAUUCAAUUGACAAAAUUGUACGAUCUUGGAGCUCGGAAAUUUAUGAUUUGUGGGAUUGGACAAAUGGGUUGCAUCCCAAGUAUGCUAGCAGAAAGUUCAAGUGGUCAAUGCUCAGAUUCGGUAAAUGAAAUGGUCCUUCCAUUCAAUUCCAAACUAAAGACAAUGAUCAUGAAACUCAACAAGGAUCUGCCUGGUGCCCACUUCAUUUUCCUUGACAUGGAAUAUAUGUUCAAGGAUAUCUUUAGAAACCACAAGUCCUAUGGGUUUAGUGUGAUAGAUCGUGGUUGUUGCGGUCUAGGGAAAAACAAAGGGGAAGUAACUUGCCUUCCAUUCCAAACACCAUGUCCAAAUAGAGAUGAGUACUUAUUUUGGGAUGCAUAUCACCCCACAUCUGCAGUCAACCUCUUGCUUGGGAGUAUGGCUUUCUAUAGAGGUCCCAACUAUUCUUAUCCUAUGAAUAUUGAGCAGCUUGCUCGUCUCUGA